CAAAACUGAAAGUCAUUUGAAAAUAAAAUAAAAAAAUGUGUAUGUUUAAAUACAAUUAAAAUUUUAAGCAUUAGAUAGCAAUUUUCAUAAUGCCCACCUGCGAGUUUACCUUCGAGCGUGAUACGGCGGUGUAUGUGUGUGGUGAAAAGCUAAGCGGCAGUGUGGCGGUAGCAUUCGCAAAGGAGAGAUUACUUGAAGAUAUACGCAUAGACUUCUGUGGUAAGGCUACCGUUAGUUGGGUUGACACAAUGGCGCGCUUUCCAAAGCUCUACUCCGCUGAGGAGACAUAUAUGGAGAUGGAAACAGUCGUUUUUCAAGGCGGUCUACUGAAGCCAAACACAUAUAAUUACAGAUUUAAUUACCUUAUACCAGAUAUAUGUCCGACCACUUGUACGACAGAUAUCGGACGCAUUUACUACGAAUUAUCUUUAAUACUUUCAUUCCAAGACAAGACACACGACAAGACAGAAACGCGUAAAUUUACACACGAAAUACUGGUGGUGCAGGUAUUUAAUAUCGAUAAAGUACCCAAUGCAUUGUUACCAGUCAUACGUAACGAUGAGAUCUUCUUCUGCUGUUGGCCCUGCUCGGCCGGUCCGAUUUCUAUACAUUUGAAGGCAGCAUCGGGCGCCUACAUACCCGGCAACACUAUAAACUUCUCCAUUGAAGUGGCUAAUAUGUCGAAGCGUUGCGAAUUUCGCACACAUAUCACCGCCUCCUUCAUGCAAGUCUACAAAUUCACCACACAAGUGCCGCGUCGUCGCACGCGCUAUAUUUCGUACGUUUUGAGUAGCGUGGAACACCGCAUCAUUGUCAAAACGGAUGACAUCGCUUCGCUGGAUGAGAAAUUCAUCGUACCGCCGCUACCGCCUUCCACACAGGGUACGCACAUCAUUUCAAUUAAAUACGAGUUACGUCUGGAGACGCGCAUCAGCUAUGCCACACAAUCAAUGUCCGACUUGACAUUGCCCAUACUGAUAGGAACGUCGGCGGACAUAACACCCGAGCACACAAAUACGCUGAGGAAAAGUAGACGCUUGUAACGACUUUAUGCCAACAAUUAUCUAUGCAAGCUCUGGCACAACCUCUGGUAGAAGAAGCGGUAUUUUCAGGGGUUUGAUCUUCGCUGGCAUUCUUUUGAGGCCCCUCGGUAGCGCUUGGCAG